ACCAUCCCCCACUAACUCAAUACCUCGAUAUACAACCACCACCAUCAGCGCCAAUGCGUCCACCAACUGCCUUCGCCAGGGCUCCGAUCUGUACACUGUGUACCCUUCGAGCCCUCCCUCGUCUGCGACCUGCUCCGCGUCUACAGCCGACCCCAUACCGUGCAUUCCGAACUUCACCGCACCUCCUCAAAAAAGCUGUCACCUCCUCCACCGCCGCUGCACCCGCGCAAUCUCCCUACGCUACUUCCACAAACUCUCUCAAUUCCCUCGUAUCAGCCGUCGACUCCCGCAUCCUAUCCUCUUCCAUCCCACCCCCAGAAGAGGAAAUCCUCGCGGCCCUCGCGGCCCUCCAAUCCUACGCGCGCCAGCAACUCCACGUACCUCCCAGCGCCACCACCCGCGGCGCGUCUCCCGCCUCCGCACUCCUCUCCCUCAGCGGGAAACCCCCAUCACCCCCCGCCGUCCGCAAAAUCAGCGAACCCAGUAGCGACACCCCCACGCUCGCGCAGAAAGGGCAGUUCACGGAGCUCUCCAGCCUGGCUUACCGGCUGCUCUCGCACCCCACCGUCUUCCUAACGCCCGAGAUCCUCCGCGCAUUCACCGACCUCCAGCGGAUAACGCGCGACGCCGCGCCGAUCCCCGCCGUCUUCGCACUGUACGCCAACAAGCCGAUUCUUCCGCCGUCGGGCAAGGGCGCCCCGAAAACUCCAAACCCCCGCCAGGCAAAGUAUGCCAUUCCCGACCACGUCGUCGUCACCGGACUCGAGACCGCCAUCGAUGCCGGCGAUAUCACCGCCGCCCUCGACAUAAUAGACACGUCGUAUGGCGCGCCGGCGUACCGCCGUGCUAAGUUCGUAAGGAGGGUGUUGCCCGUCGUGAGUGUUGCCGCUUUGGCGCCCGGCGCCCUGUGGGUGCUGGCCGAUAGGCUGGCGGGUUGGCAGGAUACCGUCGAACACGACGUCGCCAUGAGGUAUGCGUUCGGCGGGUUCAUCGUGUACGUGGGUUUGACCACGGGUUUUGGGCUGUUGGCCGUGGGCACGGCGAAUGAUCAGAUGGUUAGGGUUUCGUGGGUUCCGGGUACGCCGCUGAGGGAGAGGUGGUUCAGAGAGGAGGAGAGGGCGGCGUUGGAUGCGGUUGCUAUGGCGUGGGGCUUCCAGGAGAAACAUAAACAUGGCUUUGAAGAGGGUGAGGAGUGGGAGCUGCUUAGGGAGGUGGUAGGUAGGAAGGGGAUGAUGCUGGACAAUCCUACGUUGAUGGAGGGGAUGGAGUAAUGUGGAAUUGGGGGUUAUGUGUACAACAGUAGUGUAGAUGGCGGUAUUCGUCUAUGCAGGUACUUCAUCAUCAUACGGAAUACAGUAGAGACGUAAGAU